AGCUCUGGCUCGCUUCGACCAGCGCCCGGUGGACCUGGACGACCCCCGCCAGGUCCGCGGGUUGAAAAACCCCGCCGCGGGAACCGCGCGAUGGCGGCCGGGUGAAGUCCGCUCGUCUUGCCCAGCAGGUGCCCACGUGCUUCGACGCACGAGUCGAAACGCCAUGUCGGGCCCCAUGGGAGGGCAGGCUGGCUUGGUGCGCACCAAACCGGUGAGCAACCGGCGCAUGCCCACGCGAGGCUUUAAGAUGGGCAGCUACGUACGAAUCACCUACAGGUGCGCAGGCAAGCACGGCACCGAGGAGGACAACGCGAACUACGAAGGCAAACUGGUGGACAAGCGCAUUGGGGGUGAGGACCGGGAGUCCUUCAUCACGCUCAAGGACUGCUUGGUCUUCGACUUAUGGGGCCGCUUCGUGGAGAAGCUGAAGUCCAAGAAGCUCAUCGACGCGUAUGUCCAGACCUGCGAACAUGCGGAGAAGCGCUCCAAGACCCCAGAGCGCACCGGCAAUGCCUUCGGCCUGGUGGGGCCCAUGCCGCCCCCGGGCGUGGAACGCGCGGCGGCGCCGGCGCCCAAGGCCAAGUCAGCAUCCGCCGCGCCAGCGACCGCGCCCGGGAAAGGGGAGGAGUCCGGGGACGAGGAGGAGGACUCAGAUGAGGAGACGCCGAUGAAAGGCAUGAUGCAAGGCAUGAUGGGCGGUAUGCCGGGCUGCAUGGGGAUGAUGAUGCCGAUGAUGUCGGGCAUGAUGUCUGGCAUGAUGAUGCCGGGCAUGAUGGGGAACAUGCAGGGCUGCCAACAGGGCUGUGGUCAGGGCUGCGGUCAGAGCAGUCAGGGCUGUCAGCCGAGCUGUAGCCAACAGGGCUGUGGUGGUUGCUGUUGCCCAAACCCGAUGGGAUCCACCGCGCAGAUGGGUUGCCCCAACCAGAUGGGUUGUCCAAGCAGCUGUGGGUGUCCGGGCUGCGGGACCCAGAUGGCAAGUCACCCAGCGGGCCCAGGCCAAAUGGGCUGUGGGUGUCCGAAUCAGAUGGCAGGCUGUGGACCGAUGGGUUGUCCAAACUCAAGCUGUGGUCCCAUGGGCUGCUGUGGCUGUGGCCCCAUCAACUGUGCUAGCGGCGGUGGCUGCGGAGGGUGUGGCUGUGGCUGCGGUGGCUGCGGAGGCUGUGGCGGCUGCGGAAACUGUGGUAGCUGUGGUAGCUGUGGUGGCUGUGGCGGCUGUGGCGGCUGUGGUGGCUGUGGCGGCUGUGGCGGCUGUGGUGGCUGUGGGGGCUGUGGGGGCUGCAGCUGUGGUGGCUGCGGAAGCUGUGGCUGUGGUGGCUGCGGAAACUGUGGCUGUGGUGGCUGUGGAAGCUGUGGCGGUUGUGGGGGCUGUGGCUGUGGAGGGUGUGGCUGCUGUGGCGGCUGCGGGGGCUGCAGCUGUGGCGGCUGUAGUUGUGGUGGCUGUGGUUGCGGUGGCUGUGGUUGCGGUGGCUGUGGCUGUAUGGGAUCUAUGGGUUCUACGGGCUGUAGCACAGGUGUCCAGCCAACCCCAGCGAUCGGAGGAGACAAGAGCAUGCCCAGCGACAAAGAAGGAGCCAAAGGCCGCGAGCGCAGCCGCAGUCGAGACGCGAAGGAGGAGGAGCCUGGAAAGGCCUGACCCGUCGUGCUGCAAUGACCCGCCUGAGCCGCUGAAGAGCGUCCCACUUUACCUGCGAGCGCCCGUGGGAGAAG